AUGGUUGCCAAAACUUUUGGUAAAUUAGCCAGAGCAAGUGAAUCUAAAACUUUAACAGCAGAAUGGGUUGAAUUUGAAAUUAAGAGAGCUUUGGAAUGGUUGGAAAGUGAUAACAAUAACAACAAGAAAAAUGAUGACGGAAAACGAUAUGCAGCAGUGUUUAUUCUAAAAGAACUUGCUGAAAAUGCUCCUACACUAUUUUAUGGACAUGUACAAAGCUUUUUGAGUGUGAUUUGGAAUGGACUCACUGAUCCAAACGUAAGUGUUAGAAUUGGUUCAGUGCAAGCACUUCAUGCUGUUCUUGGUUUAAUAUCAGAACGUCCAACAAAUUUCCGUAAUAUUUGGUAUCAAGAUAUUUAUAAUCAGACAAAUAUCAACUUUAAGAAUGCUAAAUCUGAUGUUGUUCACGGAGCUUUACUUGCCAUUGGUGAAUUAUUAGGAUUUGCAGGAAAUGUCUUGAAAGAUGAAUUUGAUGCCAUCUGUAAUACAGUUCUUGGAUUCCACUCACAUAAAGAUAAAAUGGUCAGAAGAACUGUCAUUGAGCUUAUACCCGUAUUGGCAAAGUUUUACGGAGAAAGAUUUAAUGAGAAAUACUUACAUAGAUCAAUUAAUUUGAUAUUAGAAGCUAUCAAAAACGGGUUCGAAAGACCUUCAUCAUUUCUUGCUCUUGGUGAAUUAACAACACGUGUUGGACAACCUAUCAAGAAAUAUGUGGAUGACAUUUUCAACAUAAUAACAGAAUGGGGUCUUAAAAUCAAAAAGAAGAACUUUUGCGAGGAAUCUUUAACAUGUAUUAGUGAUAUUUCAAAAGCUGUUGGUGAUACAGUUUCUCUCCGUAUUUUACAUUUACUUCCUUCCAUGUUUGCUGGUGGCUUAACCACAACACUUAUCCAAUCCCUUACAAUUAUCUCCAAAGAAAUCCCUGCACUCUUACAACCUAUUCAAAAGAGAGUUUUGGACACAAUUUCUCAAAUUUUGGCUAGACAACCAUUUAAUACCCUUAAUCCAGUCACACCUCCAACCCAAUUUGCUCCACAUAUUGAAUCUACACUUUAUAGUACACCAACAAUAGUUUUUGCUCUUAAAACUUUGGGAAGUUUCAAUGUCAAGGGACACAACUUGAUAGAUUUUGUACAUGAUUGUGUUGUAAAAUAUUUGGAUGAUGAUAUACCUUCUGUUAGAAAAGAGGCUGCUAAAACAUGUUGCAGACUUCUUGUCAGUCAAGGAAAACCACCAGUUAAAGGUCAUUUUGGUUCUGUUGUUGGUGAUGUUUUAGCAAAACUUUUAAUUGUUGGUAUUACAGAUACAGACUACACAAUUAGAUUUGCUGUUUUAUCUUCUUUAGAUCCAAAGUUUGAUCAUUAUUUGGCAUUAUCAGAUAAUUUGAGAUCCUUAUUUAUUGCUCUUAAUGAUGAAUUUUUCGAAAUUAGAGAGGUUGCUAUUUCUGUUAUUGGAAGAUUGAGCAUUAGAAAUCCUGCAUUUGUUCUUCCAUCUUUAAGAAAGGCUCUUCUCCAACUUUUGACUGAACUUGAAUAUAGUCAAGACUCUAGAAGCAAGGAAGAAAGCGCUAGAAUGCUUGGUCAUUUAAUAGUUGCAGCUCCUAGAUUGAUAAAACCAUAUGUUUCGAGCGUAUUGAAAGUUUUAAUGGAAAGAAUCAAGGACAAUAAUCCAAAUGUAGCCUCUUGUGUAUUGGAUACAACAGGUAAACUUGCAGAAGUUGGUGGAAUGGAUAUUGCUGAUUUUAUUGAUGAUCUUUUGCCUUCUGUAAUUGAAACUUUACAAGAUCAAAGUUCUUCAGCAAAGAGAGCUAUGGCUGUAAAGACUUUAGGACAAAUAGUUGCCAGCACUGGUUAUGUAAUCACUCCCUAUAUCAAGUAUCCUAAUUUACUGACACUUUUAUUAGCUAUUUUAAAGUCGGAAGAAGAAUGGACCACAAGAAGAGAAAUAAUCAAAGUUCUUGGUAUUAUUGGUGCUAUUGAUCCAUAUCAACACAAGCUCCAAUUGGAAUCAGCAAAGGAAACUAACGACAGCAGCGACAUUAUUCCAGGUUUAAGCCCUUCUUCUGAAGAAUACUAUCCUACAGUUGCAUUUAAUGCUCUUAUUAGAAUUUUGACUGAUCCUUCUCUUGCCAUUCACCAUCUUAACGCCAUCCAAGCAGUCAUGUUUAUCUUUACCAGUUUAAAUAUGAAAUGUGUUCCUUUCUUACCUCAAGUUAUGCCUCCUUUCUUGAACUUGAUUAGAAAUUGUGAACCUAAUAUUCGUAAUACUGUUUUCCAACAAUUAAGUUUGCUAGUUUCUAUUGUUAAGCAGCAUAUCAGAAACUAUUUAGACGAGAUUUUCCUACUUAUCCACGAGUUCUGGGAUAUGAGUUCUUCUGAUACUGAUUUCAAGGAACAAAUUAUUUCACUAGAAGAGGAAAUUUGUACAGCACUUAAUGAGCAAUUCAAACCAAACCUUCCUGAUGUUAUCCCUCAAAUAUUGAGCGUUCUUCAAACUCCUCAACAAUUUAAACCAGCAAAGAAAGCACUUCAUGCACUUAUUGUUUUUGGUAGACAUUUAGAAGAAUAUUUAUAUCUCGUUAUUCCAACAGUGGUUAAAUUGUUCGAAGCUCCAUUGGCUAAUAUUUCUCUUAAGAGAGAGGCUAUUAGAUGUAUUGGUAAAUUGAGUAGAAUCUUGAACUUCUCAGAAUAUUCUUCAAGAAUUAUUCAUCCACUUUCUAGAGUUCUCAAAAUACCAAACAAUGAAAUUAGACAAGAAGCUAUGGAUACUCUCUGCAAUAUUAUUCACCAAUUGGGAAGCGACUUUUCUAUUUUCAUUCCAAUGGUUACUAAAGUGUUAACUCAAUAUAAUAUCACACAUCAAAAGUAUAAUGAAUUCAUAUUCCACUUGUUGAAGGGACUUCCACUUCCUAAUAUGCCUGAUGAUGAAGAUGAAGUUAGUAAUUCUAAUGGAGAAGACUCAAUGACAGAGGUCAAGAAAAUGGUUAUCAACCAAAAUAGUUUGAGAAAGGCAUGGGAAGCAUCCCAGAGAGCAACCAAGGACGAUUGGAUUGAAUGGAAUAGAGGUUUUUCAGUUGAACUUUUGAAAGAAUCUCCUUCUCCUGCAUUACGUUCAUGUUCAGCAUUAGCUCAAGUCUAUCAUCCACUUACUAGAGAAUUAUUUAAUGCUGGUUUUGUCAGCUGUUGGUCUGAACUUGAUGAUAAGGCACAAAAUGAAGUUGUGCGUGCUUUGGAGAUGGCAUUCUCUUCCCCUGAUUUACCUCCUGAAGUUUUGCAAACACUUUUGAACUUGGCAGAAUUUAUGGAACAUGAUGAAAAUCCACUUCCUAUUGCUAUAAGUGCUCUUGGUGCUUUGGCUGAAAAAUGUCAAUGUUUUGCCAAGGCAUUGCACUAUAAGGAAAUUGAAUUCCAACAAAAUCCAAGUGCUCUCAUUGAAGAUUUGAUUAGUAUCAAUAACCAACUCCAACAACAUGAAGCCGCUAUGGGUAUUCUUAAAUAUGCUCAAAAGAAUCACAGUAUUGAACUCAAAGAAUCGUGGUAUGAAAAACUUCAAAGAUGGAAGGAAGCUUAUGACGCCUACAGUAUCAAACAAAAGCAAAAUCCAUAUGACCAAAGCCUAACUCUAGGUAAGAUGAGAUGUUUGAAGGCUAUUGGCGAAUGGGAAAAGCUUUUCAAGCUUUGCCAAGAAUCAUGGAACACUUUCAGUGAUACUAUCAAAGAAGAAAUGGCACCAAUGGCAGCUCAUGCUGCUUGGAACUUGGGAGAAUGGGAAAGCAUGAGAAAUUAUGUUAACAUUCUCAGCGAAGAUACAAGUGAAGGUGCUUUCUUUAGAGCAAUUUUGGCUAUUCACCAAAAGGAUCAUCAUAAUGCAGAGGUUUUGAUUGAUAAGACUCGUAAAGUUUUGGAUACCGAACUUGCAGCACUUGUUGGUGAAAGUUACAAUAGAGCCUAUGAUAUUAUUGUUACCGUCCAACAAUUGUCUGAAAUGGAAGAAAUUAUUAGAUAUCAAAAGGCUGAAGAUGAAGAAACCAAAGCUCUUACUCACCAAAUAUGGAUUGACAGACUUCAUGGUUGUAAGAGAAAUGUUGAACAUUGGCAAAACAUUCUCUCAGUUAGAAAAUUAGUAAUUCCUGAAAGACAAGAUCUUUCGACAUGGUUGAAGUUUGCUUCUAUUUGCAGAAAGUCUAACAAGAUUAGAAUGAGUGAAAAGAUUCUUCAAAAAUUAGUUGAUGGAAUUUCAUUGAGUGAAGAACCAGAAAAGCUUCUCAUUUCUCCAGAAGUACAUCCAAAGAUUUCAUAUGAAUAUUUCAAACACAUGUGGGUUGAAGGAAAGCAAAUGAGAGCUUAUGAAUUAAUGAACCAAUUUGUAUACAACAUUCAAUGUGAUAACCAACUUAAAGCUAGAGCAUUCCUUACAUUGGGACAAUGGCAAAAGGUUAUUUACAGACAACAUGGUGGAUUAGAAGAGAGCAAAUUACCACAAAUUCUUUCUCAUUUCAAGGCUGCCACAGAUUUCGAUAAGGAAUGGUACAAAGCUUGGCACGAAUGGGCUCUUCUCAACUCUGAAGUUGUUUCUCACUUUGAAAAGAAGUCUCAACCUUCUUCAAGAAAUAUGGAAGCUAUGACUAUUUAUCUCAUCUCUGCUCUUACUGGCUUUUUCAAUUCUAUUAAUCUCAGUCCAGAUAGAAACUCAAGCUUGCAAGAUAUUUUACGUUUACUUACAUUGUGGUUCAAACAUGGUGCUAUGAAAGAAAUUGAAAAGACUCUGGUUGAUGGUUUUAAUACUGUUUCAAUUGAUACAUGGCUCGAAGUUAUUCCGCAAAUUAUUGCUCGUGUUAACUCCCAUGUGGGUCCUGUUCGUAAAUUGAUCCACAAGCUUUUGUCCAAGGUUGGCAAAGUACAUCCUCAAGCUUUGGUUUAUCCAUUAACAGUUUGUUCAUACUCUCAAUCUUUGUCAAGAAAGAAGGCUGCUGAAUCCUUGCUUAAUUACAUGAGACAAAAUAACCCAGUUCUUGCCGAACAAGCUCUUAUGGUCAGUCAUGAGUUGAUUAGAGUUGCAAUUUUGUGGAACGAAUUGUGGCAUGAAGGACUUCAAGAAGCAUCUAGAUUGUACUUUGGCGAACACAACGUCCCUGGCAUGUUAAAUACCUUGAAGCCAUUGCAUGAAAUGAUUCAAAAUCCAGAGACUUUGAGCGAAAUCGCUUUUGCACAAGGUUUCGGUAGAGACCUCCAGGAUGCUUGGGAAUUCUGUAAAAAGUAUCAAAGAACAAAGAAAGAAAAGGAACUUUCUCAAGCUUGGGACCUGUACUAUCAUGUAUUUAGAAGAAUUGAUAAGCAACUUCCACACAUGAUGAAGCUUGAAUUGCAAAUUGUUUCUCCAAAAUUAUUGGAAGCUAAUGAUUUAGAACUUGCCAUUCCUGGUACUUACAAGAGUGGACAACCAGUUAUUAGAAUUGCUAACUUUGCUCGUCAAUUGAGAGUUAUAUCUUCCAAACAAAGACCAAGAAAACUCAAGAUUUUCGGUAGUGACGGUAACGAGUAUCAAUUCUUGUUGAAGGGUCACGAAGAUUUAAGACAAGACGAAAGAGUAAUGCAACUCUUCGGUUUGGUUAACACCUUGCUGAAGAAUGAUCCUGAAACAUCUACUCGUGAUCUUAGUAUUAAGAGAUAUGCUGUUAUUCCACUCAGCUCUAAUGCUGGUUUGAUUGGUUGGGUUGACAAUUGUGAUACUCUUCACGCUCUUAUCAAGGAAUUCAGGGAUAGCAGAAAUGUACUCUUGAACAUUGAACAUAGACUCAUGCAACAAGUCGCUUUUGAUUAUGAAAAUUUAACUUUAAUGCAAAAGAUUGAAGUGUUUGAAUACGCUCUUGAAAAUACCACAGGACAAGAUUUGUACAAAGUAUUGUGGCUCAAGAGUAGAAACUCUGAAGUCUGGCUUGAAAGAAGAACUAACUAUACCCGUUCAUUGGCUGUUAUGUCUAUUGUUGGUUAUAUUCUUGGUCUUGGUGACAGACACCCUAGUAACUUGAUGUUGGAAAAGUCAACUGGUAAAAUUGUUCACAUUGACUUUGGUGACUGUUUCGAAGUUGCUAUGCACAGAGAUAAGUUCCCUGAAAAGGUUCCUUUCAGACUUACAAGAAUGCUCAUUAAUGCUAUGGAGGUUUGUGGUAUUGAAGGAACAUUCAAAUCUACUUGUGAAAGUGUCAUGAGAGUGUUAAGAGAAAAUAAGGAUUCUGUUAUGGCCAUGUUAGAAGCUUUCGUCCACGAUCCUUUGAUCAAUUGGCGUUUGCUUGAAACUCAAAAUGAUGAAGACAAUACUCAAGAAUCUUCCAUGCAAAAUAUUGCAAAUAAUAUGCAACAAGACUCUGAUAUGGGACUCAGGUCAAAUAAUGAAGGUUCUCCUCAAACUGUUUCAUCUUACACCGACCACGAUAGUGUACAUUAUCCUUCUAGAUCACUUCGUGAGAAGAAUCUCCGAAGAUCAUUGCAAAGUGAUGAAACUGAAGAAGAAUCACUCAAACAACCAGAAGCUCUCAACCAAAGAGCUUUAUCUGUCAGUUCAAGAAUUGAAAGCAAGCUUUUGGGCAGAGAUUUUGUUGAUGAAGAUGAGGAUGACCAAAUUGAAGAUGAGCCUCACACUUUGAAUUGUUCUGAACAAGUUGAACUCUUAAUUGAGCAAGCAACAUCUAACUCUAAUUUAUGUCAAAUGUACAUCGGUUGGUGUGCAUUUUGGUAAUUGUCCAGUAAUAAACUAUAAUUAUUUAUUAAA